UCAGCCACGUCUAUUAGAGAAACUGAUGGGUACUUGAAUUACAAAAUCACAGCGGCGACACACUCAAGUGAUUGGUGUGGCAAUGAAAAACCAAACAAAAAGAGCAAAUGCAAUGCCAGAUACAAGGACGGUACUAGAAGACUACCUGCAUUCAAGGGCAAAGGGAAUAAUAAAGAAAAUAGCAGGAGAGCCAUCGUUGCUAGUGGCUCUUCAUCUGAAGUACCAUCCAAUCCCAGCAUUGGUUCUAAGGUUGAUAAUCCAGAUGAGGCAUACAGCUUUCAGGAAGUUAUGCCUAGAGCUUUAGAAUCCUUUUCAACAAAAGGAUUCUUCUCACCCUCCAAGCAGAGUUUCAAGUCUAUUGAAACUGCCAAUGCAGUUGGGCCAUUCGUUGACAAAUCCCAAAAACCCAUCCAAUCCAAGACUGUACAGAAGUGCUCGCAUACAAAAGAGCGUCUUAUAAUGAACGGCUUUAAACACUACGAUGAUCUCGUAAUUAGACAGUCCAGCAUUCAUGGUCUUGGGAUUUUUACGCCCGUGUUCAUACCUGAAAAUACACUAAUAAUGGAGUAUAAGGGUGAAAUCAUUGGAAAAUGCAUGUCUGACAAACGAGAAAAGCUGUACAAAAUGAACAGUAUUGAUUCAGUUUAUAUGUUCAGCGUGUCGGAGGAUAUGAUCAUUGACGCAACAAUGACGGGCAACAAGGCCAGAUACAUAAACCAUUCAUGUAAUCCCAACUGUGAGGCAAUACACUCCGUUGUUGACAAAUCCAUCAAGUAUUGUAGUACUAGGGAUAUUUUGCCGGAUGAAGAGCUGACAAUAAAUUAUAAUAUGUCCCAAGACAUAUAUGGCGAGAAGUGUAAUUGCGGGGACUCCGAGUGUAAAUCCAACAAAAAAAACCAUAAAUAA